AAGCCUGUGAACGAUCCCAGCAGUCUCGCUGCUGCAGUAGACCAGCGCGGAACCGUCCUCCUCGGCGGACGCGUGUGCGGUGGCAUGGAUGAUAGAAACCCGGGCGAAGCCUCCCCCAGAUGGCGGAGUGAUUGAGAAUGCGCCUCCCCAGCUCCAUCUUUGUGUCGGUGUCUCUGUUCACGGCCGAGACCACUGCAGCUCUGUACCUCAGCUCCACGUACAGUUCGGCUGGAGACCGUAUCUGGCAGGGACUCACGCUGCUCUUCACGCUGGUUCCGUCCGUCCUGGUGCAGCUCACUCUCACCUUCAUCCACCGGGACCUGAGUCGAGACCGGCCACUUAUCUUGCUGCUCCACAUCCUGCAACUGGGACCCGUCGUCAGGUGUUUGGAGGCCUUCUGCAUCUAUGGCAGCGUGGGCCGGGUGGAGGAGCCGUAUGUCAGCAUCACUAGGAAGAAGCAGAUACCCCGCGGGGGGCAGCCUGAGGAGGUGGAGCGGCAGGUGGGCCAGGCGGAGGGCAAACUCUUCACGCACCGAGCGGCCUUCGCCCGCACCUCUGUCAUCCAGGCCUUCCUGGGCUCCGCCCCCCAGCUCACCCUGCAGCUCUACAUCUGCGUCCUGCAGCGGGAAGUGUCCAUCGGAAGAGGUACUUUAAUGGUCAUCUCCCUGCUGUCGAUUGUUUACGGCGCGCUGCGCUGCAAUAUCCUGGCCAUUAAAAUCAAGUACGACGACUACGAGGUGGACAUUCGGCCGAUGGCCUACGUGACCAUCUUCCUGUGGCGCGGCUUUGAGAUCGCCACCAGAGUGGCGGUGCUGGUUCUCUUCAGCUCGGUGCUGCAGCUCUGGAUCUUGCCGGUGGUUCUGCUCAACUUUGUGGUCUUCUUCAUGUACCCCUGGAUCCUCUUCUGGAUCAGCCACUCGCCCUUCCCGGAGAACAUCGAGAAGACCCUGAGUCGCCUGGGCACCACCAUCGUGCUCUGCAUGCUCACCUUCUUGUACGCCGGCAUCAACAUGUUCUGCUGGUCGGCUGUGCAGAUCAAGCUGAGUGACCCGGACCUCAUCAACAAGUCGCAGAACUGGUAUCGCAUGGCCGUCUAUUACAUGCUGCGUUUCAUCGAGAACGCCUCGCUGCUGCUGCUGUGGUACGUGCACAAGACGGACUUCUACAAGAUGAUCUGCGCGCCUCUGCUGGUGCUGCAGCUGCUGGUGGCCUACGGCAUCGGCGUCUUCUUCAUGAUGGUCUUCUACCAGUUCUGCCACCCCUGCAGGCGGCUCUUCACCUCCAGCAUGACGCAGGGCUUCUGGGAUUGCUCCUCGCUUCUGUGUCUCAUGUGCGACUCGCCUUCACCGCAGAGCAGAAGAGCCACCCUGGACUCGCCGGGCCCCGCGACCAAUUCCGAGCCGGCCCCCGACACGGCCAGCGACGCCUCCUUCUACCAGCCCAACGACACCACCUACGACGUGCUUGACGACACGUGUGAAGUUUCUCAUGAAAGGGAUGAUAGCAUAGAAGGGGGCGGAGUCAACGGAGAGGCGCAGCAGAGCUGACCCUGCGACUCCUGAACAUCCUUUGUGCCGAUACCGGAACUCAUUGACACGACAGCGUUCAAGUGCCACAUUGCUACUUGUCUUUUAUAUAAACUAUCUCACCUGCAUUUUCCACCGCUGAGGCUUUGACAUCAAUCAUUACGACCACCUGCCUCAUAAGUUUAGAUUAACUUCAAAUUCCAGCUUUUCCACCCAGGAAAGACAAACUAUAAGGCAGGUGGUCACAAAACACCGAGUCUGUUUCUACAGACGUCGACCUUCUGGGGUCACCACCCGGAAUCACAGCCUGUUCCCCAUCAGCUGUCAGUUACUGAUUGUAUCUCUAUCUAUCAGGCAUGAGAGGCGCAUGUUCUACUCAGCUGCUAGCAAUCAGCUUUUCUACUAUUUGAGCUUUAUAUAAGUAAAACACGCUGCUCUGGUGACGUAUUUGUGCUCAUCUUCACCGACCACGUAAAUGUGAAGCACGGGUCCGUGUCCUAGUUUUGCACGUUUGCACUCGGAAGUGUCUUUGGCAGCGGAGGUUCUCUUGCUUUUAAUGUAAUCACAUUUGUUUUUUAAAAAUUAUGUUGCACCUGGUGUUGGCAGUAGAUUUCAAUUCACUUCAGAUAUGUGCAACACGUGUGUGUCAGUGUCCUUGUUUUUGCACCAAAAACCCUUUUAUACAUGUGAAGCGAGGAGCUCGGGAUUCACAGCUGUGCUUCUGGGUGACUUGAAAGAAACAAUGAAAAUAAUUGUGUAUCUCAAGCAAGCGAAUAAAAUGCAUAUAAAUAUAA